AUGUCAACUCCAUCUGUGGUCGGUUCAGAGCAGCAACAGGACCGCAACCGAGUUGCGUACGGCAUGCGCCGUGAGUGGAAGUUUUCCCUCACAUUUGCUCAUCAGGCCGCCCGCAUUAUUUUGCACUUGUCACCAUAUUGGGAAAGCACGUUUAUUGACCCCCGUGAGCUUGAGCAGCUCAAUCGUUUAGACCGCGACGUAAAGCACUGCCCAAUGAGGCCUGCCCUCCGUUACAACGACCUCGGAACCACUCCGACGCGGAUGGAGGAGGUGUGGACAGAAAAUCUAAAGAAAGUGACGAUUCUUUACUCUCACAUCCCACCGGACACGACGCUCGUCGGGUAUUGCGUUCGCAGCGUCCAGCACGUGCUUUCCGAUCCACAGGUCGUUGACGUGGAUGGGUGCACCGAUUUUUCGCGUCUCCAGGUUGGAAACAAGCUUCGUUGUCGGCACAAGUUGGGGGGCCGGCGGAGCUUCCACUUCCGCUACACAACCUCGUCCAAGACGAAGACGAAGAGCACUGUGUAUGUCAUCGGCACGAUCAUCAACCAGCGCGGUUACCUCUGUACAGUGGAGAGUACGGGCGGCGAAGACUUAGACUCAUAUGUGAAGAAACACUUUUUACCUCAUUACACGGACAAGGAUAAGUUUAUGAUAGAUCAAGACCUCGUCUACUCUGAUGUUUCCAGUACUAUCCUCAAGGAACAACAGGAGCUCUUCGGUGAGUUACGCUAUUCAGACACAGACGCUGCUGUAGCCUUUACAAUACCCAUGCAUCCUAUGAGCAUCCGACCGGAUUACUCACCGACGCAAACGGUUGGCGUUGGCUCUAUAGCAUGUAUGACGUUGGAACUCAACGUGUACCAGAGGCCCGUUGAGAGCGAUGAGAUCGAUAUUGCUGGAGUAAUAAAUUUUAAGGUUAAUCAGGCGCUUCUAUUCCUCGACGUGGAGGACAUGGUACGGAUGGGUUACCCGCGCAUUAUGUCUACUGAGCAGUACAGUAACAUGAAGAUAAACCGUCUUCUCGACAUUUUCAGCGAUGCCAAAGUUGUAGGAACCCCUGGCACGAGUUACUUGGGCGUUCGCACGGGCCGUAGCCGCACUUUGACAUUUACAUAUGAACCCUUUAAUGCAGUGGUAAAGGUAAUGAUGACUUCUGCCAUCGUUUGUGGCCUCGGGGUGACGGCAGUGUUUAUUACAAAGCUGGGUGGUGGCAUCUUCGAUGCUCAUUUGUAUCUCUACCAGCAGCUGCUGAGGGGGAUUAAGUUUAUGGAGUCUGACAUCCCUCGAGGCUGUCUGAGUCGCUUCAAUUCCACGUGUGUGCGUCUUGUUGAGCAGAACAUAACCCGUUGUUACGCUGCGGCCCCAGCAGAUGGGCGACACACGAUGGAACAGCACCUGAAGUUGUUGCGGGAGUCCUGCGACACCCGUGUAGAGGGUGGAAUAUCUGUCAACGUUCCGGUAAAGGAGGGUGGCCUCGGGAAGUUGCCAGGGGAGGGCCAACGUUGCUCUUCGGCCUCCGAUGGCAAUUUACGGACUGCGACACCCACCGAGGAGCUGGCCAGUGAGCAGGAGAAGGUUUCUUGUCAUGAGGGCGACGCGACGGAGGAUACUCCCACUUCUCCGGUGGGUUCGUCCACUGGGGGCUCACACUCUUCGUUCCAUAGCACGCUUUCCAUCAGUGUGACGGGUAUACGGACGAAACAGGAGGUGGUAGGGGGUGAUGGUACCCCCACAUACGGCAGGUCGCACCCGCAGCGGGCGAGCAUUCUUGCGUCAGCGACGCCGGAUGUAACGGAUCUUAACGUCGAACCACCUGCAAGCCCUACCGUAACGGUGUUAUUGCCGUCACCGCAGCCACCAACUUCGGCAGCUGCAAUACCUUCACCUGCCCAGGCAGUGGCGGCCGCGUCAGGCUCGCCAAGAACCAGUUCUGAGCAGGUGUCUGGCGGGGCCGAUAUGAGCCGCCAACUUUCAGUGGCAGUGCCUCCCUCCAGCAGUGUGGAGAGCAACGUCCGUGUUCCUUCCCCCGCAAGAAGCCCUGCAGAUGGUGUAGAGGCAAAUGUUGCGGGAUCUCCGUCUUCCGUUGUGUUCCCGCAGAUGCCGAAAGAUGAGCUUGAAGAAGAUCAAGAUAGCAAAGUACAGGCGGUGCUCAAGGCGGACGAUGCCGACGCAUACUUCGGGCUCUCUAUGUACGACGCGUACGUGCACAGUUGUGAUAUGCUGAAGUGCAAACCAAACAGUUAUCUUCUGAAGAAGUUUCCAACGAACCCGCGUUUCUCCAACCUUAUCCACGAGGUAGACAUAAGUUCCAAUUACCUUGGACAUGGUGGUUUCGUCGCAGUGCUCAACAUUCUUCCGAACUUCCCUAAUGUACAUACGCUUCACUUCAAUGACAUGUCACUUGACAACGAAGAUGUUGAGCAUCUAUGUGAGGUACUGAAAGAUAACAAGUCUGUUCGUGAGGUGCAUUUGCGGGACAACGACAAGAUAACCCUCCCCUCCACGCGCUUCUUUUCGCGGUUGCUGAAAGUGAACCCGAACAUUGUGACACUGUCACUGGAAGGCACGCGUUUGGGGCCUUCCGUUAUUGGUCGGUUGCAGGAGGACGUAAAGAAAAACGCGGAAAAAAAGGGUGACGCUGAAGCGGCCAGCGUUUCCGACUCAAAGUAG